UCCCCGCGGCGGCGCCAUGGACGAGGCGGUGGGCGACCUGAAGCAGGCGCUGCCCUGCGUGACCGAGUCGCCGACUGUCCACGUGGAGGUGCGCCAGCGCGGCAGCAGUACCGCGAAAAAAGAAGACAUAAAGUUGAGCGUUAGAAAGUUGCUGAGCAGACACAGCAUUGUGUUUGGCGAUUACAUGUGGACCGAGUUCGACGAGCCUUUUCUGACCAGAAACGUGCAGUCUGUGUCCAUCGUAGAUACAGAGCUGAAAGCCAAAGGCCCGCAGCCCAUCGAUCUGAGCACCUGCACAGUUGUGCUACACAUCUUCCAGCUGAAUGAAGACGGCCCCAGUAGUGAAAACUUGGAGGAAGAGACAGAAAACAUCAUUGCAGCAAACCAUUGGGUUCUGCCCGCAGUGGAGUUCCAUGGUCUGUGGGACAGCCUGGUGUAUGACGUGGAAGUUAAGUCACAACUCCUGGAUUACGUGAUGACAACCUUACUGUUUUCAGAAAAAAGUGUCAACAGCAACCUCAUCACCUGGAACCGUGUUGUGCUGCUGCAUGGCCCUCCAGGAACCGGAAAAACAUCCCUGUGUAAAGCAUUAGCCCAGAAAUUGACCAUAAGGCUCUCAAACAGGUACCGAUAUGGCCAAUUAAUUGAAAUAAACAGCCAUAGCCUCUUUUCUAAGUGGUUUUCAGAAAGUGGCAAGCUGGUGACCAAGAUGUUCCAGAAGAUUCAGGAUUUCAUAGAUGACAAAGAUGCCCUGGUGUUUGUGCUCAUUGAUGAGGUGGAGAGCCUCACCGCAGCCCGCAAUGCCUGCAGGGCAGGCACAGAGCCCUCCGAUGCCAUCCGUGUGGUAAAUGCCGUCCUUACCCAGAUAGACCAGAUCAAGAGGCACUCCAACGUGGUGAUCCUGACCACAUCCAACAUCACAGAGCGCAUCGACGUGGCCUUUGUGGACAGGGCCGACAUCAAGCAGUACAUUGGGCCCCCAUCGGCAGCUGCCAUCUUCAAGAUCUACCUCUCGUGCUUGGAGGAACUAAUGAAGUGUCAGAUCAUCUACCCUCGCCAACAGCUGCUGACCCUGCGGGAGCUGGAGAUGAUUGGCUUCAUCGAGAACAACGUGUCCAGGCUGAGCCUCCUGCUCAGUGAGAUCUCAAGGAAGAGCGAGGGCCUCAGCGGCCGGGUCCUGCGGAAGCUGCCCUUCCUGGCCCAUGCGCUGUACGUGCAGGCCCCCACCGUCACGAUAGAGGGGUUCCUCCAGGCCCUGUCCCUGGCAGUGGACAGACAGUUUGAAGAGAGAAAGAAGCUUUCCACCUGCGUGUGAUCCUCUGCACUGUUCCCCCUGCAUCCUUCCCACUGAAAUGCCGUACCCCAUCAGGAUCUCACAUUCCUCCAGGCAGCCUCGGCCCCGUGACCUCUCUCUGAGACAGCACCGAUCUGGAGGCCACAACCCCAUGCUGUGAGCUCCGAGAAGAGAAGGAGUCAUCACGUGACUGCAUGCGUGUUGAAGGACAGGUGGCUUGUACCCACUGUCGUGCCCACUGUUUUCAGAUGUGUUUGAUGACUGUAAUUCAAGUUGUGUGUCUUUUUACGAAGAACAGUCUCAAUAUUAUUCCCACUGCACCUGUUUGCAUAAAACACUAACACGCCCUGUGAAGGAAAAAGAAGAACGUAGAUUGUGUAGAAACAGAGAUGAGCUACCCGCCGUGACGAACCAUGGCACAUUUCCUCCCUGAGCUCACUUAUCUCCCAGAUGCGGCCUGGAGACGUCCGUGGAGAAGAAAAGCCCACUCCAAGGGCAUAGAAACGAGACGCGUGGGCGCCAUACGGCACUCCUGGCCCUCAGCUGCCCUGCCUGUGUGUUGUGCAUGUGGGACAGGUUGCGUGUACGAGUUGUUCCGUGUUCGGUGAUGUUAUUCACGUCUCACGUGAAGUCAGGUGAACAGAACGUGAACUAAAUUGUCAGUGAUGUGUUUUGUAGGAUAUUGUGUGUUGCUUUUAUCUCGUGUUGAAGUAAAUUUCAAGUUCAUGUUUUAUACAUAAAGGCCGUAUUUAAAGGACUAGCUACUUUUUAUUAUAGGACUUUUUAAGUAUUAAAAUGUGUGUUUCCCAGGGUUUUUUUUUUUUGUUUCAAUUGUUUAAUAAAAACCUGUUGCCGUCGAGUCGAUUCUAACUUUUAUCGACUCUGUAGGACAGAGUAGAACUGCCGCGUAGGAUUUCCAAGUAGUGGCUGAUGGAUUUGAACUACUAACUUCUUGGUUAGCAGCCGCAUGCUUA